AAACGUGUUGUUCCUAGAAUUGGCUUCUUCAUUUUCCGUUGAUAAUAAUUAUUUUUCAAUUCUGACGGCAGUCACUUUAGAGGAGUAAACAGUUGGCUCGAUGGCCCCCUUCAUCCUCUAAUCUAUUGGUACAUGCCCUAUAGGCGCCUCAGCCUACUCAUGGAGAUUGAGAAGCCUCCACUGAGAAGCAAGCUCUUGACUGCCACACAGAAAUUAAUGGCGACGACGACGGCGAAGUUGCAUUUGAUAAAGAGCGACCGCCACCUCUUUUCGGCCUCGGACGACAGCGCCGUGAUCAAGCAGAUAGUCGCCACCCACUCCCCUGACGGCCGUGACGUCGACACGAGGCCGCUGAUGCACCUCAUCGAGGACAUUCUUCGAAGGGCCACCCCCACUGUCGUCGUGACUCCGCAGGCUCAGCCGGAGCUUGUGGAAGAGAAAGUGAAUCGCACUGAAGUGAUCGGAAUGCUCGAAGCAUUGGCUUACACCAUUCAUAGGAUUUCUUGCGAAAUCACCUGCAAGUGCUCCGGCGGAGUCGACUCGCACACGACGACGUUCGCCGUGUUCAACUCACUGUCGCACUACACUUGGGACGCGAAGGUGGUGUUAGCGCUGGCGGCCUUCGCGGUGAGCUACGGCGAGUUCUGGCUCACCGCGCAAUUGCACACCGUGAACCCUUUGGCCAAGUCGGUGGCGCUGCUCAAGCAGUCGCCGGACAUCCUGGAGCACACCGCGGCGCUCAAGCCACGCUUCGACGCCCUCAACAACCUCACCAAGGCAAUGCUGGACGUCGCCAAGUGCAUCAUCCAAUUCAAGGAGCUCCCCUCCGAGUACAUCUCGCCAGACACCCCUGACAUGAUGUUGGCCUUGGCGCACAUCCCCACGGCCGUCUACUGGACCAUCCGAAGCGUCGUGGCUUGCUCUUCCCAGAUCGUGGGUCUCAUCGGCCUCGGCCAUGAGAACAUCAGCUCGGCCACCGAAGUGUGGGAGCUCGCGAGCUUAGCGCACAAAGUUAGCAACAUAUUUGGGCAUCUCACCAAGGAACUAGAAUUGUGUUAUCGACACAUUGGUGAGAAGAAGCACAUCGAAGCGUAUCAAAUGCUAGUGAAGCUCUUUGAGAGCGUGCAUUUCGACAAUUUGAAGAUUCUCCGGUCAUUGAUCCAUUCCAAGGACGACCUGCCGCUCGUCGAGGGAUCCACGAAGAGGAGAGUGAGCGUGGACGUGCUGCGGAGGAAGAUCGUGGUGCUGCUCAUCUCCGACCUCGACAUCAUCCACGAGGAGCUCCUCACCCUGAUACAGAUAUACAGCCACACGAACAGGAUGAAGGAGGAGCGGCAGUACGAGAUCGUGUGGCUGCCGAUGACCGACAGGCACGUCCCCUGGUCGGCGGCCAAGGAGGAGGCCUUCAACAGGCUGGCCUCCGCCAUGCCGUGGUAUUCGCUUAACCACCCGUCGUUGAUGGAGCCGGCGGUGGUCAGGUACAUCCGCGAGGUGUGGCAGUUCGACAAGAAGCCGAUUCUGGUGGUGUUGGACGGGCAGGGGAAGGUGGUCUGCCCCAACGCCCUCCACAUGGUAUGGAUUUGGGGCAGACUCGCCUUCCCGUUCACCAGCAACAGGGAGGAGGCUCUGUGGAAGGAUGAAACUUGGCGACUCGAGCUCCUCGUCGACGAAAUCGAUCCCGCCGUGCUUACAUGGGUGAGCGAAGGGCGGCACGUGUGCUUGUAUGGAGGCGAGAACAUUGGGUGGAUACGGCAGUUCACGGCGGCGAUGAGGCGGGUGUCGCAGGAGGCGCGGGUGCCGGUGGAGAUGGUCUACGUGGGGAAGAGCAACCCGCGGGACAGAGUGAAGAAGGCGAUGGCGGUGAUCGCGGAGGAGAAGCUGAGCGGGUACUGGAAUGACCCGGUGAAGGUGUGGUUCUUCUGGGUCCGGCUGGAGAGCAUGUGGCACUCCAAGAUGCAGCUCGGGCGGACGAUCGAUAAUGACCCCAUCAUGAAGGAGGUGAUGACGAUGCUGAGCUUCGACGGGAGCGACGAGGGGUGGGCGCUGCUCAGCCGAGGGUCACAGGAGAUGGUGGAGGCGUACGGGGGGAGGAUGGUGGACUGCCUGGGUCAGUUCGAUAACUGGAAGAGCGACGUGGAGGCGGAGGGGCUGGUGCCGGCGCUGAGAAAAGCUCUGGAACCGUUCCACACGGCGGAGCACUGCACGCGUCUCAUCCUGCCCGGCGACUCCGUUGGAAUCAAGGAGCAGGUGGUGUGCGCCGAGUGCGGCCGCCCCAUGGACAAGUUCGUGCUCUACCGAUGCUGCAACGACUGAGGAGGAAGCCGCUCGUUCUGCUCUCAGCACUGCUACUUUGUGUUUUGUCCUGCAUUGUCAGUUGGUUAAUUUUAGCGGGUUAUUAAUAUGCAUCGGGCUUGGUUAUUGUAAACUGCAUUGAAAGCCUAAUAUUAUCUACACUUUCUUUA